UCGGUGACGUCAGCGUUCGCUGAUGCUACAGCAUAUCACCUCCAAAACAUCCUAAGAUAUCACACACAGCUUGCUACAUACUUCGUAUCCGAUCCUCAUCGCUGUUCUCCCCCUGAAGCCAUCGGCAAUUACUACUGCGGUUAUGACGACGGCCAGAGGCCGGAUGUUACGCCAUCAACAAAAGAGAAAACGAUCGAAGACGUGUCGCCAGUGGUUGAGAGCGAAAAACCAUCCCCAAUGGCGAAUCAGGAGCCUAUCGCGAUGUGCGUAGGUAAAAACGCUACUCGUUCUUCGUCAUCGAUCACUGGCGACCAGUGCAGCAUCUGUCGGCAGUGA